AUGGAGGAUUCCAGUUCCAGUCUGAUGAAGGAGGCAGACUCAGGAGACUCCCAGAGCGCCUGGUAUAGCACGCUGGUGGAGGAAGGAGGAAGCGGCUCCGAGAGGGCUGAUGUCCGCUUCAAGGUCACCCAGCCCGGAAGGAGGAAGGCAGAUUCGAACCUGGCCACCGGGGAGGCCGCACAGCCCGCCGACCCCCUGCGUGGAGGCUGCAACGCGCUGGGGGUCCCCGGGGUCCCCCACGGGCUGGCCAGGCCGGAGGCGCUUUACUACCCGGGACCAUUAUUGCCUCUUUAUCCCACCCCGACUCUGGGGUCCCCCUUUCCUCUGCUCAACCUGCCUGCACCCUUGUACCCAAUGGUGUGUCCUGUGGAACACCCCCUGGCAGCUGACAUCGCUGUGGCCACCCGAGCAGAUGAAGAUGGAGAUACGCCUCUCCACAUCGCCGUGGCCCAAGAGAAUCUUCCAGCUGUGCACCGGCUGAUCAGACUUUUCCAGCAUGGAGGCCGGGAGCUUGAUGUCUACAACCACCUUCGCCAGACGCCGCUCCACUUGGCUGUCAUUACCACAUUACCCACCGUCGUCCAGCUCCUGGUGACCGCCGGGGCCAGCCCCAUGGCGCUGGAUCGCCAUGGCCAGACGGCAGCCCACCUAGCGUGCGAGCACCGCAGCCCGACCUGCCUGCGGGCCCUGCUGGACAGCGCGGCCCCGGGCACGGUGGACCUGGAGGCCCGCAAUUACGACGGGCUCACCGCCCUGCACGUGGCGGUGAACACCGGUUGCCCGGAGACGGUGCUGCUUUUGCUGGAGCACGGGGCCGACAUUGAUGCAGUGGACAUUAAGAGCGGCCGCUCCCCGCUCAUCCACGCGGUGGAAAACAACACCCUGAGCAUGGUGCAGCUGCUGCUGCAGCAUGGCGCCAACGUGAAUGCGCAGAUGUACUCCGGCAGCUCGGCUCUGCACUCGGCGUCCGGCCGCGGGCUCCUGCCGCUGGUGCGCACGCUGGUCCGCAGCGGAGCCGACAGCGGCCUCAAGAACUGUCACAACGACACACCGCUCAUGGUGGCGCGCAGCCGUCGGGUCAUCGAUAUCCUCAGGGGGAAGGCCACCCGGGCCGCCUCUGGGUCACAGCAGGAACCGUCCCCCGAGCGCAGCGUCACCGCCUCCCCAGAGAGCAGCAGCCGUCUCAGCUCCAAUGGUCUCCCGUCUGCAUCGCCAUCCUCCUCGCCCUCCCAGUCUCCCCCCAAGGACAUCCCUGGAUUCCCUGUGGCUCCCCACAACUUCUUCUUUCCUCCUCCAUCUCCACCUACCUUCUUGUCCUUCCCUGGGGUCCUCCGAGGCCCUGGCCGGCCCGUGCCCCCCUCACCAGCCCCGGGAGGCAGCUGAGAGGGAUGGGGGGGCAGAUCCGGACUUGUGAGGAGCCCCCGCCCCCCCGCAAAGCGGCAAACACUUCUGUAAACUGUGAAGAUCUCACUCUGUCCCCCAUCUUUGGGAACAAGAUUUGCACCAGUGCACAUGUCAUAUCUACCCUGAACCCCAUCUUCUGUGCAGAUAUUACCCCAUAUCCUCCCCGCCCCAAGGACUUCACCCCUUCAUUCUCAGGCACCUGCUACCUGUCUGGCGCCCAUCACAGCCCCUCCUAGAACAGGGGAAACAAACCGGGGAGCAAGGGCUCCCCUUGUGCUCUCCCAGGUCUGAGGGAGGAGGACGAUGUAAAUUAUUAGGCAUUUUGGUUUGAUAUCUUUUGUAAUAAACUAUUUUUGUACCAUA